CCUACAAAACAAUAUUUGUUUUCCCUUCUUGUCUUCGUAAAAUAAAUAAAUAAUCACAUUCAAUAAUUCUCGCAACACAUUUUUUUAGUUAUUAAAUUGUAUGGAAAAAUGAUGGAUAUAAAGUUGGAAGUGGAUACAUUGUCAAUGUGUCGAAUUUGCCUACAAAGCAGUGAAGAAGGUGAAGAAAUGGCGUCUAUCUUCGACCAAGAUGAGGAUUCCAUUUGCCUCUACGAGAAAAUUGAGAGUUGUGGCGGAAUUAAGAUUCUCACCGAACCGGAGUUGCCUACUCGUAUAUGCAAAAAGUGCAAUGCUUUCCUAACUAUCGCUCACAAAUUUCGUGUAAUUUGUAGAAAUGCAGACGACUAUUUACGGGAAUUUGUUUGCAAAUCAUCUGAAUUCGGCGAAGAUGAGGACAAUAAUUCCGAGUACUUAUUAGAGAGUAGCCCUAAAGGAAGUGUAGCACAAGUAUUGCAACAGGCCGGACAUAAUAUUGAUGAAUCACAAACGGAAUUUAACUAUGAUGAUGUGGCCGUAUACUCUGAAAUGUGGAUGCAAAGCGGAGAUAAUGAGGAUGAUCUGAUUGUUGAAGAUCAUGGAGAUGGUGUGCAACAUACCCAAAUUGUCGAGGAACCGAGAAUUAGCGUUAGUCCCUCAAAAAAAACUCUUGGUAUGACGUCGGACGGCGCUGCGGUUAUACGAGUGAAAAAUGAAAAACAACUUAAUAAAGAAAAACAAAUACACAUAUGUGACAUUUGUGGUAAUGUGUAUCCACGUAAGUAUGCAUUAGAAGCGCAUAUGAGGCGUCACCGCAACGAGCGUCCAUAUGAAUGCGAAAUCUGUUCGCAGUCCUUCCAUCUAAAUUUUCAACUAACACGGCACAUACGUAAACAUACUGGAGUACGCCCCUAUGCUUGUCAGUAUUGCAAACGGACAUUUUCCGACAGAUCUACAAUGCAAAAGCAUGAAAGGAUACAUCGCAAUGAGCGUCCAUAUUCCUGUGACGUUUGUGGGAAAAGCUUUACCUAUUCCAGUGUUUUAAAGGUGCAUACUCUGACGCACACAGGCGAAAAACCAUUCAUUUGUGGUAUCUGUGGAAAAAGAUUUGCGCGUGGCCAUCAUCUGAGGGCGCAUUUGGAAACACUUUUGCAUCAGAAUGAUCCUCGCUCCAAAGUGCUUCUAAAACAAAUUAGACGAGAAGAAGAUCAAGGAAAUGUAUAUGAAGAAUCAAUAAACGUACAAUGCAAUGCCUUUUCAAGCUGUUCAAAAAUUUAAUUGCGGUGGUGUUAAUAUGAAGGUACCUUAUUGGAAAGCUAUUUUUUGUGGCGGAAAAUUUGUUUUAGUUUUACCGUGUCAUGUCUGACUCAAAACUCCGAAUUUUAUACCACUUCAAAUUGUUUAUUCAUU